AUCGUGAGCCUCGUGAAGCUUAUUCCAGGGAAUCUAUUCCAUAGAACGACACUCAUACCUACUGUCACCGACAAUCUCUAUAGUCAGAAAGCUAUCAUGAACAAUAUGGUUGGUAUAUACCUUGCACCUAUACAGCAGCUCGACAACGUCAACGGCGAGCUUUCAUGCCCGAUAACAACAACUUCGCCGGCAAGCGAGUACUGGUGUGUUGACCAGUCCAUUUCCUAUGAUAAUACAACUGCCAUUUUCUCAUCAGCUGCUGGUAUCGUCGACACCGGGACAACCCUGGUAUACCUCGCUUCUGAUGCAUUCGAGAAAUACCACUGGCAGUCAGCCACCCGGGCCGGAGCAACAAUAGACAGCGCUACAGGUCUUCUUCGUAUCUCCUCAUCUCAAUACUCCAAUCUUUCGAGUCUCUACUUUCGUAUCAACAGCAUAACUUAUGAGCUGACACCGAAUGCUCAAAUCUGGCCUCGUUCGCUAUCGGAGGCGACACUGGUGGUAUCUAUCUUAUUGUUAAUGAACUUGGACGAGAUAUUCCCGAAGACCUCGAAUUCAUCAGCGGUUAUGCUUUCCUGGAGAGAUUCUACACCGUCCAUCAUACGGAGAACUCGAUAGUUGGGUUUGCUACGACUUCUACACUCAUUCUGAGACAAAUUAGAUACUCAUAUCCGAAUUAGUUACUAGUACUAGGUUGAUAUUAUGUAGAAAGUUUUAUACCUGCGAAAGAGCGUAUACAAUGUACGAGG